AUGCCUAAAGUCGCAGCUCUCGCCCUCCUUGGGCUCCUCGCGCCCUUUCAACUCACCGACGGCGCAAUGAUCCCUCGCCAAACUACCGACUUUGGAGUCUGCACUAAUCCUACCAUCAUGUACGUCCAAGAUCAGGAUGGCAUGCUAGGUUAUGGUUAUAAACCCUCCAACACCAACGACUUUCCUCACGGCGCAACGGCCGAUAUAGCCACUAUCAUAGACUUCAUCCGCUCUACCCUCCAAAACGCGUGCCGAGCGCCCACCGCAGCCUGGUUCCUCUGCACAACCGCUGCUGCAGCGGCUAAUGGCAAAGAAGGUCAGGAUGCUGCCGAUGCAUUCAACAACGUCAUGAAUCGAUCGUCCCCCCAUCCGAGACCUCGCAAGCUGCAGCGCCUGCAGUUUCGUCGGCUGCCGUCCAGCCGAGUCUAA